AAGCCACGCAUACUUUUCAUUUGGAUGACGUGGUAAGCCUAGCAAUGAGGCUCAGGCCGGAUGUUUGUCGGGCAGUGUUGCUCACUUCAAUUGUGUGGAUGUUGAUUGAUGUUGUAGUCCUUUUUUAUAUGCUUGAACCAGGCAGUACCAGGACCGCCGUUAGGUUACGCGGCGAGAGACUUCCUGAUAGCUUCGGCCACCCUAGGACACUAGGAGAUCCUGAAACACAGAAGGAACUCGAUGACUUAUUGAAAGAUCUGUCAUUUUCAAGAGAUGGUCCGGGUGAGAUGGGGAGUCCGGUCGUGUUGGACGCAUCGUAUAAAGAGGAGAAGGACAGAAAGUUUAAAUUAAAUCAGUUCAAUUUAUUGGCUUCAGAUAUGAUUUCUAUUAACAGGACGUUGCCGGAUUACCGAACAGGAAAAUGUCGAGAGUCUGCGAAUCGUUACAAAAAUUAUCCACUGCCAACAACUUCAAUUAUAAUUGUGUUUCAUAACGAAGCAUGGAGUACUCUAUUACGGACGCUACACUCAGUUGUGAACCGGAGUCCACUAGCCUUAAUCAAAGAAAUUAUUUUAAUUGAUGAUCUUUCUGACCGACCGUACUUGCAUAAACCACUUGACUUGUAUAUACAAAGAUUUCAAAUUCCUGUACACAUAGUUCAUUUACCAAAACGAUCAGGACUUAUUAGAGCUCGCUUAGAAGGCUCCAGUAUUGCUAAAGGAAAAGUACUAUUGUUUUUGGAUGCCCAUGUUGAAGUUACUGAGGGUUGGCUUGAACCUUUGUUGUAUCGGGUCGCAAAAGAUCGGAAGAGAGUUGUUGCGCCUAUAAUAGAUGUGAUAUCUGACGAAACCUUUGAGUAUGUGACAGCUUCAGACACGACGUGGGGUGGUUUUAACUGGCAUUUGAACUUCAGAUGGUACCCGGUUCCAUCGCGCGAAAUGGAAAGACGGAACCACGAUCGUUCAGCCCCUAUUCAAACACCAACUAUCGCUGGGGGCUUGUUCGCCGUUGAUCGACAGUUUUUCUACGAUAUUGGUGCAUACGAUGAAGGCAUGCAAGUUUGGGGAGGAGAAAAUUUGGAAAUUUCAUUUAGAGUGUGGAUGUGUGGUGGCAGUUUGGAGAUUCAUCCAUGCUCUCGAGUUGGUCAUGUUUUCCGUAAAAAAACUCCCUACACCUUCCCUGGAGGCACUGCAAAAGUUAUUCACCGUAAUACAGCGAGAACUGCUGAAGUUUGGAUGGAUGAGUAUAAGCAGUUCUUUUAUAAAAUGGUCCCAGCUGCGAAAACGGUUGAUCAUGGUGAUCUUACGGAACGGAAAGUGUUGAGAGAGAAUCUGCAAUGCCGUUCAUUUAAAUGGUAUCUGGGUACAGUUUAUCCAGAAGCUCCGAUCCCAAAGGAAUUCAAAAGCAUAGGCGAGGUUAAAAACUUAGGUGCAGUGUUAUGCUUGGAUACUUUGGGUCGUCGAGAAAACGAGUUAGCUGGAAUAACUCGUUGUCAUGGAGAUGGUGGAAACCAGGCUUGGAGUUUAACCUUCGAAGGCGAAAUCCGGUCUGACGAACUUUGCAUUUCUUCCGGGUCAGGAGUUUCAGUGAAACUUGAAAAAUGUUCUCCCGUUUCGGUAAAUUUGGAACACCAGUUUGACUAUGACAAUCAGUCUUAGUG